AUGGAGAAAAGAAGGGAAGAGAAGCAGAGCAAGAGCAGACGCAGCAAAAAAGAGAAAGUUCGCGAACAACGACACAAGUCCAAGACAUCCCCAACGCCUAUUUGCCUGCCGGACAAAACGAGACUAGAAGCCCUUCCUGAAUCCGACCGGCAACGCAUCAUCAACCAGUGGUUCACAUACUUCAAGAAACGUCAACUUGAAUUCUUGGAGUCCAUUCGUCGGAAGGAGGUUCGAGACCAAAAAAUCAUGCACAUGGUUCGCAGAGGCAAGAUCGAUAUCGACCCCGUAUCUGGUCUAGGCAAUUUCGACAUCGAUACCAUCCUCGAGGAUGAGGACGCAAUCGACACACCGUUCACGAAGGAUCAUGAGUCCAAUGGCCGCUCUCCUGCACAAGAAGAGGCUAGACUAGCAGAGCAGGAUUCAUUAAAUGCUAGCGACGACAUCGCACAUCUACAGGACGCUUUUGCCGCCGUUAUACGGAUUUGGGAGACUAGCGAGGACAGGCGAGAUUUCGAGACGCUCCUGGACCAAAUCGAGCUGCUUUCACCGAUCAACAAGGUAGUGUGCUUGGGGCUUGGAUCCUGCCUUAGCUCUUUCCGAUGCUGUUCACUUUUCCGCGAGUGUCCCUACGAUGACAAAGAAUUCCCCGAGCCGUGCAAAAUCGCAAAUCUCUGCCAGCAUGCGAUGGCUAUGACCACGGCACAGUACUUUGAAGCUCGCGGAAAACCAGGCGCAGGCACGGUCGAGGUGUUUGUAUCAGAUCCUGCUUACGACAAAGUUGAGUCCCAAGGGCUCGAGUCUCUCGGCUUUACGGUACUGGAAGCGGAAGAUGCGUUAGCAUUCUCAAAGAUCGACAGUAACACCUUUUUAUUCGACUUGAGCAACAUAGGUUGCAUCCGCGACACUUGGGCAACGUGUACAUCUCCCGCACUUAUUCUCUGCAACUUUGUCCACUCAACAGGUGUCGAAAUGGAUUCGAGCGGUAUGACUCGCGACGAUACUAAGGCGGUUCGUGUUUCUCUGACAAAGAAGCAUGCUCGUAACGAGACAACGCGUUCGAGCAAGCUGGUUCUCAAUGUAAUUGAGAGCCGUAUUGAUUCCAACCCACAAAUCAAGUUGUAA